GGCAGGAAUCAUGCUUUGUGGAGUUAAGACUGACAGAGCGUUUGAGCAUAUGCUGUGAUGCUGUUGCAAGACUACGCUGAGCAAUGUGCAGCUGAACCUGACAAAUCCGGAUUUAGUACAGAAAGAAAAACCCUUUGGAGAACUGCAAAUAUUCUCACCUUCUGAAAAGGCAAUCUGGUUUAUCUGAGAAUCUCUUCUUUAAUUUCUCGAACAAGAAAACACUUGAAACUUUAUACACCAACAAAGGACCAAGAAGCAGCCCUUUUCUCUCGUCAUUUUUCUAAAGGAUAAGUGACAAACUGCUGGAAGCUGAAAAUCUCAGAAGUCUGAAAGAAGAUGCCUGUGAUGAAGGGCCUCCUUGCGCCACAAAAUACAUUUUUGGAAAGCAUAGCAAACCACUUUGAUGGAACUCACAGUAACUUUCUUCUGGGAAAUGCUCAGGGUUGCCAUGAUUACCGCAUCGUCUACUGCUCUGAUGGAUUUUGUGAGUUGACCGGCUUUGUUAGGACUGAGGUGAUGCAGAAAACGUGCACCUGCAGCUUCCUCCACGGCGCUGAGACCAGUGAUAGUGUGAUGGAUCAGGUGCACAAGGCUCUGGAGGGGCAGCAGGAGUAUCAAGGAGAGGUCUGCUUUUACAGAAAAAAUGGAAAUCAGUUUUGGUGUCUCCUGGAUAUUGUCCCAAUUAAAAAUGAGAAGGGGGAAGUUGUGCUGUUUCUGCUGUCCUUUAAAGAUGUCAGUGAAUCGUAUGGGAAAAGCCGUCCCUACAUCCAUGAAGAUGAGGCCACUAAAGAACACAGAAAAAACAGCCGAUCAUACUUUAUUCGAGCUCAAGAAAGGGGUAGGACUGUGCUUCACCGCCUGAAUAACGCGUUUACAAAAAGAGGCAAGGGAAAAUUGAGCAAUAGUAUGUUUGAGAAGCCCUCCCUGCCUGAGUACAAGGUGGCCUCUGUGAAGAAGUCGCGUUUCAUCCUGCUGCAUUACAGCAUCUUCAAGGCCAUGUGGGAUUGGCUGAUUCUGCUGGCGACUUUCUACGUCGCCGUCACUGUUCCUUUCAACGUCUGCUUUGUCAGUCACAGUGAGGGUGGAGAUCAUCUCUCACUUGUCACUCGCAGCACCACCUGGAGCGACAUAGUGGUGGAGAUGCUCUUCAUAGCAGAUAUUAUCCUGAAUUUUCGCACCACAUACGUGAGCCAGUCGGGUCAGGUGGUGUAUGAUGCUCGAUCCAUCUACCUGCAUUACUUUACUACUUGGUUCUUUGUGGAUCUGAUUGCAGCUUUGCCAUUUGACCUUCUCUAUGCUUUUAACAUCUCAGUGGUAAGAUUAUCAUUGUACUUUAUACAACACUUGUUAUUUGUGUCCAUAAUAUCAGGAUGGCUUCAGGAGUUGGGAAAGCGUCUGGAGACACCAUACAUCAACAGCACCAUGGGUGGACCCUCCAUUCCCAGCGCCUACGUCGCCUCCCUUUAUUUCACCCUCAGUAGCCUUACCAGCGUAGGUUUUGGCAACGUUUGUGCAAACACAGAUGCAGAGAAAAUCUUCUCCAUCUGUAUUAUGCUGAUUGGAGCCCUGAUGCAUGCAGUGGUCUUUGGCAAUGUAACAGCUAUUAUCCAGCGCAUGUACUCACGGCGUUCACUCUACCACACCCGCAUGAAGGAUCUCAAGGACUUCAACCGCGUGCAUCGACUCCCUCAGCAGCUAAAGCAGAGGAUGCUGGAGUACUUUCAAGCUACCUGGUCGGUCAACAACGGCAUAAACGCAAAUGAGCUGUUGCAUGACUUCCCAGAUGAACUGCGAGCAGAUAUUGCCAUGCAUCUGAAUAAAGACAUCCUGCAGCUGCCUGUGUUUGAGAGAGCCAGCAGAGGGUGUCUGCGUUCUCUCUCCCUGCACAUCAAGACUUCCUUCUGUGCACCAGGGGAGUACCUCAUCCGCCAUGGAGAUGCCCUGCACGCCAAUUAUUUUGUUUGUUCCGGUUCUCUUGAAGUCUUGAAAGAUGGUAUGGUCCAAGCUAUUCUGGGAAAAGGUGACCUGAUAGGGGCUGACCUGCCAGAGCAUGAUCAGGUGAUCAAGACAAAUGCAGAUGUGAAGGCUCUUACCUACUGUGACUUGCAGUACAUCAGUGUUAAGGCUUUGAGGGAGGUCCUCAGGUUGUAUCCAGAGUACGGCAGUCGCUUCAGCUCUGACAUCCACCACAACCUUACCUACAACCUGAGAGAGGGCAGUGAGCCUCAUGCAGUAAAGAGAUUUCCAAGGACUCCGAGGCAAACUCUGGCUCACCUCUCUUUGGAUAACAAAUUACCCUACGUCAUUGAGACAGAUGAUGAAGAACAAGCGGAUGACAUCAAACAUUCGUGGCGGAGCAGAGCACCUCUGCUACAAGGUUCUGGCAGUCCUGUUCAAAGUUCCCGUCUCAGUACUUUAGGGCAGGAGCUGCAACACAUCCAUCCAUUUCGGUCGCCUGCUCCUCAACGCCAAGGCUGCAUCGUCUCUCCUCAAUCCUUUAACGAGUUCUCCCCAUCCCAUUCUCUCAGCCUCAAAAAAGAAUCAGUUUUAAGUCAUUGGCCGUCCAAGUUAAUGCUUCCUUCUUUGUCUUGUGCUAGCCCUUUAAACCUGAGCCCAAGAGUUGUGGAUGGAAUCGAAGACAACAGCUCCACAUUUCCUUUCAAUAUAGAGCAGGAUAAGAGGCAAACAAAUGUGUCAGAAGAAUUACAGAUGAAUGGAAACCUGUUAACUGAGACAGAAGACAUGAAACGGAACAUGACCCAAUUAAAUAAAGAGGUAAACACCUUAAAUGAGGAAGUCUCCAAUCUGGUGAAGGAGCUCCAUGACAUAAUGCAUUUCCUGCAGUCAAAUAUGCCCAUGCUUCAUCAUGUCUCUCCUUCUGGGUCCACAAGUUCCAGCAACUGGCAGCCUCAUGUUUCUUUAGAUUCAUCUAAUGAGCUACACCUACGUCAUGAAACGAUUAGCUACCCAGGUAGAAAUGCAUGGGACUGCGGUGGAAUGCAGUCACACAGCAGAGCUCCAACUUUGCUGCAUUCUUCAAGCUCUGUGUCCGCCUUGCAUGUAUGCUGCUCUGACCGAGAUGGAACAGCUGAUAGGCUGCAGAGCCAGUAUAGUCCAUUUCAAAUACCCACAGUCACCCCCAGCUCCCCUUAUGCAACCCAUCCUCAAAACCUUGUUGGUUCAUCCCUCCUUGGCAUUAACUCAGCUUUCAGCAACUUCCCAGUGAUCUGCCAGAGCCAACAAGGUGUCUACAAUACAUCUAACCCCUCAAAAGAUAACACUAAUCCAGUAUGUUCUACAAUAAAUUGUGGUCAUUCUCAUCUUCCAAGGAAUUUUCUAACAGGCUCACAAAAUCUUGGCAGUCCCCAGACACAAAUUCAUUCUUCCACAAGUCCCAGUGGACAACUUCAGUAUCACACAGCCUUCAGCUCUCUGACAUCCUCACCGUCCACAGAGCUUAAGAAGAGCCAGCAGAUCUCUACAAGACAAAAUGACCCAGUGGGAUCAAGCCCUGUCCGUCACUCACAGGACCGCGCGUGUUCUUUGCUGGGGCAGCUUUCAGACAGAGAGUUUGGAGGCUCCCUUCACCAAGCGAGGACAGAUAAUUACGGAACAAGUGAAAAUGUAUUAGAAAAAUUACAACAUCAGUGAAAUGUGUUUGUGUUAUUUUGUC